UCACUGCGGCGUCUGCCCGGCUGGGUACGGGGCAAACACGUCUGUCUCCAGCAGAGAUGUCUGCACACGCUUGUUGAUCUGCCGCUUGGCCCACACCUCGCCUGCAUCAACCAAGCUCUGCUUCUCUCUCUCUCUGCUUGCUCUCUGAUCUGCCUGUAGGAGUCGCCCUCUCACCCCUUCCUGACCUUGAGUGUUUGUUGGCGGGCGUCCUUCGCAGCAGGACAGCGUCACGUGGGCGAUGCCCAUGGGCGGUGAAUUGAGGGACGAAUUCCAUAGGGUACACCAUCGACAAACACCACUGCACGUGCACAUGCAGCACACACAGCACAAUGGGAAAGAACACUGAUGCCCACGAGUGUAAUCGUGCAGUGUGCAU